AGUGAGGGGAAGCGGAUUGGGGGCCUUUUGUUGUCAGAAUGCAGUGAAGUCUUCCAGAGGACACGAAUACCAGAAAACAAAGCAACAAAAGGGAAGAAGAGCCACUGAAACCGUUCUUAUCCGAGCAACAUGGAGUACACAUUCAGAGCAGUGAAUUACAGCGCUGGGAUUAUAAUCUGGAGAAUCGAGAAAAUGGAGCUGGUACAAGUCCCAGAGAAAUCUUAUGGAAACUUUUAUGAGGGCGACUGCUACGUACUUCUGUCUACCCAGAAGACAAGCUCCUCUCUCAGUUACGAUAUCCACUACUGGAUCGGCUCACAGUCCACUACGGAUGAACAGGGUGCCGCUGCUCUUUACACCAUACAGCUCGAUGAAUUCUUGGGUUCCACUCCGGUCCAGCACCGCGAGGUUCAGAAUCACGAGUCAGAUGCCUUUAGAGGCUACUUCAAACAAGGAUUGAUCUGUAAGAAAGGUGGAGUUGCAUCAGGUAUGAGGCACAUCGAAACCAACUGCUAUGAUGUUAAGAGACUGCUUCAUGUCAAAGGGAGGAAAAGAGUCAUUGCAAACGAGGUGGAGAUGAGCUGGAAGAGCUUCAACCUUGGAGAUGUGUUUUUGUUGGACAUUGGAAAGACCAUCGUUCAGUGGAACGGACCCAAGAGUAACAAACAGGAAAAACUUAAAGGUAUGAUGUUGGCCAAAGACAUCCGAGACAGAGAACGAGGAGGUCGGGCGGAGAUCCGAGUGAUCGAAGGUGACGCAGAGAGCAACUCUCCUCAAACUAUGGAGAUCCUGAACAGUGUUCUUGGAGCCAGAAGCUCAGGGCUGACAGACGGACCUCCAGACAAAACUCCUGACCAGGAACAGAAGUCAAAUCUCACUCUUCACCAUGUGACAGAUGCGGAUGGUCAGAUGACUGUCACAGAAAUUGCUUCUAGACCACUGGUUCAGGAUCUCCUGAAACACGACGACUGCUACUUCCUGGAUCAGGGAGGGACAAAGAUCUUUGUGUGGAAGGGGAAGAAAGCCAACAAAGCUGAGAGACAGGCUACGAUGGCCAGAGCCUUGGAGUUCAUCAAAACCAAAAACUACCCGAACACAACAAAUGUGGAGACGGUCAAUGACGGGGCAGAGUCAGCUCUCUUCAAGCAGCUGUUCCAGAGGUGGACUGUAAAGGACCAGACUCAAGGUCUGGGCAAAGUGAAUUCAAAAGGAAAAGUGGCUCAUAUCAAACAGGAAAAGUUUGAUGCCUCUCUGAUGCAUGUGAUGCCAAAGGUUGCUGCACAGGAACGAAUGGUGGACGAUGGAUCAGGUCAAGUGGAGGUGUGGAGAAUUGAGAACCUGGAGCUUGUCCCGGUGGACCCUCAAUCGUACGGAUACUUCUAUGGAGGAGACUGCUACCUGAUCCUCUACUCUUACUUGGUUCACAGCAAGAAGUACUAUCUGCUCUACAUUUGGCAGGGUCGUCAUGCAACACAGGAUGAAGUUGCAGCCUCAGCAUUUCAGGCUGUGGACUUGGAUCAGAAGUACGGUGGUGAGCCAGUUCAAGUCAGAAUAACAAUGGGCAAAGAACCAAGACACUUUCUGGCCAUGUUUAAGGGUAAAAUGGUCAUCUUUGAGGGGGGCACGUCUAGAAAAGGGUCUUCCGACCCCGAGCCCCCGAUAAGGUUUUUCCAGGUCCAUGGUUCUGACCCGUACAACACAAAAGCCAUUGAGGUCCCUGCGCUGGCUACCUCUCUGAACUCCAAUGAUGUGUUUUUACUAAAGAGCCAAUCAGGAAUCCAUCUGUGGUGUGGAAAGGGAUCAAGUGGAGACGAGAGAGCCAUGGCAAAGGAGGUGAGCUGUGUGAUUGGACAGGGCUCUGAGGAGAUCGUGGCAGAGGGUCAGGAGCCCGUUGAGUUCUGGGAGUUGCUCGGAGGGAAAGCUCCCUAUGCUAGUGAGAAGAGAUUACAGCAGAUGGUGUCCGACCACCAGGCGCGCUUGUUCGAAUGCUCCAAUAAGACGGGCUGUUUCAUCGUGAAUGAGGUGACUCAGUUCACACAGGAUGACCUCAUUGAGGAUGAUGUCAUGCUGCUGGACACAUGGGACCAGGUGUUUCUGUGGAUUGGUAAAGAGGCCAAUGAGGUUGAACGUAAAGAAUCAGUGGUGACCAGCCAAGAGUACCUGCGCACCCACCCGGGCACCAGAGACCCUGACACCCCCGUCCUCUUGAUCAAGCAGGGUUUUGAGCCGCCCACAUUCACUGGGUGGUUCACAGCCUGGGACCCCUUCAAAUGGAAUGGAGGAAAGAGCUAUGAGGAUUUGAAAAAGGAGUUGGGAGAAGAAGCAGCACCGGUUAAUGUUACAACAGAGCAGAAGUGUGUUGAAAGUAAGAAAAUCUUUCAGUCUUUUCCACCCAACGACUUGGUCAACAAGAUAAACAGCGAGCUGCCUGAAGGUGUUGACCCAACCCAGAAAGAGAAACACCUGUCUGACUCCGACUUCAACUUGGUAUUUGGGAUGACCAAAGACAACUUUGUCAGCUUGCCAGGGUGGAAACAACUGAAAAUGAAGAAGGAAAAGGGGAUGUUUUGAUCAUAUUUCUUUAUUUGAAAUAAAGAGUUUUUUUAGCAGUAGUAACCCAAUCUGAUCUUCAAUUCAUAAUUUUCAAAAAUAUUUAGUACUUCAUUAUUUUGAAACCUUUGCUUAUGUUAUACAAUCAACUCUUGGCUUGUGAUAAUAUUUGAACUCCCAGUAUGAGAACAUGUAAACCAUUUUAUCUGCUUAUCUUCGUGUGUUUGUGUGGCAUAGCUUACCUCUUCUGAAAUAACACACCAUGUCCGAACAAAAUGUGAAACAAGGCCAACGAGACUUAACUACUACUUGUAUAUUUAGAAUGAAUACAUGUAGAAUUGGUUGCAGAGACUCACACUUUCUCAAAGCACCAGUCAACAUGGCGGUGCAAGCGAUAACAGUGCAUUGGCACCACUCAACAGCUGCUGGGUGGGAACUGUUUGGUGACUUCAAUCAGAUUUUUGGCAAAAUGAUAUAUGUAAAAGUCUGAAUAAUGAAGUUGUCUAUGUUACGUCUACAGCAUUUUACAUUUAACAGGAAUAGAUCCCUCGAAGGGGGAAUUGACAUUUACCCUCAGAAUUUCCAUGGCAUAACUGUCCUUCUGUUUUCAGCUUCACAACUUUCUAUGUAACUUUAGUGAUGGUGAAUCUUUUAACAUGUCGUGAAUAUUUUAUAUCCAAGUUGAAAACAAUGACAGACAUCAACACUA